AUGGGUGUCUGCUCUUCUUGUCUUGGUGGUGGUCGUCGAGACAGUACCGAUCCAGAAUCAUCACGGCUACUCGAAGAUGACAUCUACCAACCCGGCUAUAGCUAUGGCGCACUAAACCACAACCAACAAGCCAACCAGCCUGACCCCGGCUACGUAAGGCGAGAGCGAGAGGCCCUCGAGGCUAUCUGCCAGCGGACUUCAGAUUCUGUUAUCGACAUCUGGUCCCUUCAACCACAACCCCAUCUCCAGCCGCAAGCAACCCUCCACAACUCCGUCUCCUCCUCUUCAUCAAAGGCCCACGAGCCCUCUAUCAUAGUCACAACAAUUGACCCCGACGCACCCGCAGACUCGACAUCUUUGAAACGCGGCGCCGUCCCCAAACACUGGGGUGAGGUUGUCAUCAAUCCGCGCAAGGGCAAACGGUCAAGACCAGGAUCUAGCAGCGCCGUUGAAUCCGGUGAUAAGGAUGUCUUUGGUGUAUUGAAGGUUCCCUGAGCAUAGCGCUUACAAUAAGUCCGUCUAAAUUGGCGGAGCCGGAUGGAGACGAAACGAACGGGUGACGACCAAUCUUGACUCCAGUUUACUUCGACA